UUUUUUUAAACUUCUAAAAAUAAACUCUACCCUGCACCAUUAUUAAGUCUAACAUUAUUUUUCCAGACAUUCUCGAAUCUGAUUCGUAAUCGGCAACCCCAAACAUUCAUUGAUAUCGAUAUUGAUGAGUAUUUCAUGGUUCGCUACACUAUAUUAAGACCGCCUUUUGUUUUUGCAAAUUUCCAUAUUGGAUUCGUGAUCAGCAACCUCGAAAACAUAAGUCUACCAAGUUUUGUGCAAAUCUGAUGAUUCCUCGACUUAUGGCCACGUUUCAGCGAAAAUUCCCCACUGUGCGUCGUGAGGAAGAGAGAGAAACGAGGGCGACUCUCGGAGAAAAAUCAGAAGAUUCAGGCGACUUUACUGGGCAGUCUCCGUAUCUCGCGCACUCGUACUCCGCGUUUUAGCCGAGCGCAUCGGGGAACAUCAAAGGUGCCGACGCGGAGACUGCGCCGAUGCGCGUGCUGCUCAUACUGGUGGCGUACGUAGACCGCGACGCAGUGACCGUCCCGUCGCGUGCAUACCGGUCGCUCGAGUGCAACAACUGGCAAAAUGAAGAUGGCGGACGGACCCACGGUCCUGCGGAGAAACAGACCCGGGACGAAGGCAGAGGACUUCAGCAGGUGGCCCGAUGAGCCAUUCGAAGAGAUGGACAGCACGCUCGCUGUGCAACAGUACAUCCAACAGAUGAUCAGACGAGAUCCAUCCAACAUUGAACUGAUACUCAACAUGCCGGAGGCGAAUGACGAGGGAGUGUGGAAGUACGAGCACCUCAGACAGUUCUGCAUGGAGCUGAACGGUCUGGCGGUCAGACUGCAGGAGGAGUGUCAUCCCGACACGUGCACGCAGAUGACGGCCACGGAACAGUGGAUAUUUCUGUGCGCCGCGCACAAGACGCCCAAGGAGUGUCCCGCGAUCGAUUACACUCGGCACACGUUGGACGGAGCAGCUUGCCUGCUCAACAGCAACAAAUAUUUUCCCAGCAGGAUCAGCAUCAAGGAAUCCUCCGUGGCGAAACUUGGCUCCGUGUGCCGCAGAGUCUACAGAAUCUUCUCACACGCGUACUUCCAUCACAGGACGAUAUUCGACGAGUUCGAGAACGAGACUUUCCUCUGCCGCAGGUUCACCGCAUUCGUGACGAAGUACAAUCUGAUGUCGAAGGACAAUCUGAUAGUACCCAUCAUGGAAGGCGACGGCGCAACGGAGAGCGAAGCAUAGGAUCUAACACUGCGAUCGUAUUGCCCAAAGUCAAAUUGCCAGAUUUAGUAAAGAGUUGCUCUAAUAUUCACUGACACGCCGCGGCGAACGUAAAACGCAUGGUUUCUCUCUGAGUAAGGUCAGUGAGUAAAUUAAUCGCUCUUGCUUAAUCGACUCUUAAUUAAGGUGAAUCAGUUACGAUCCUUUAUCUCUCUUCGAUUAAACGAUCAGACAGAGAUUGUUCCUGACGAAUGUUUCGCGCAACUAUCGUACACGAAGUGGUUUUCGAGCUUCGUAAAAAUGCAAACACUCGUAUUUAUUUGUCCCUUUAGUAUUUAAGAUCUGAGCAAUCUCUGAAAAAAAAACAAACGGUGUAAUCGUUCAUCAAAACUAUUGUCGACUUUCUUAAAAUAUAUAAUAUAUAUACAGUAAUAUUUAAUCUGUUAUACCUUUUAUAAUAUAUUACAUUGGGAUAGCGCGAUGUUACGAACUUUUAAUAUUAAUGCCAUUGCAGUUUUACUCGAUACUGGGGAAGAAAGUAUCUUAUACACCUCUGCACUUUCAGUGUAACGAUAAUGCUUUGUAACUACCGUCUGUAAAAUUAACAGACAGACGUGUCUUCAUAUGCUAUAACUAUGUGUAAUGGAAAAAACAAUAUAUAGCUCAUUUAUACUUCAUUAAGUUAAUGAUUGUUCACAUAUAUAUAUAUAUAUAUAUAUAUAUAUAUAUAUAUAUAUAUAUAUUCUAAAAUAAGUAUAAACAGGAUUCUACGAUUAUUGUUAAUUCUGUUAAAAUUUCAAUAAUUCCAACUGUCUUUAACCGUCUGCUCGCAAAACUGCUUGCUUUGCAAAGCACUUUAUAAAAUGUUCAGUCUUAAUAUAAAAAUUCAGGGGAUGAGAAUACUCGCACUCUAAACACACACAACAGGAAAUCUAUUAUUCCCGAGGAAUAAUCUUUAUAUUAUAGAGACGGGUUCUCCGAUUACACUGCAAUUUCCACUGCUAAACUAAAAAUCUCGAAUGCUUGUUGCGAUUAUGCGUAGAAAAGAGAAUGCGGAUUUAUAUAAACGAUUGUAGAAUUUUACAAAUUAUUAUACGAACACAUCGUGUUAGUCUAGAGCGACUAUAAUAACCGUCGUCGCAUAGAUAGUUGAUCUUUGUAAAACACGUUGUUUUAGCAAGGGACGUAGCGAUAAGUGUGGUAUAGCAUUGUUAUUUAUAACAUUUAUUCUAUGCAGCAAUACGAAUCGCAGGAUGCUAGGGUUUUUCCUAUUCCGUCGAGAUUUCACAUCGCUGCGACGAUGGACUUUCGACAGAUCGCUCCGGUUCUGCAUGUUAGACAUCAGAAUAGACUGAAACUACAAUAAAAUGAAAUCGAAAACACGGAAUGUAAAAAGAAUGGGCGUACGCCUUAUCGAAUCGCCCAUCCGAGAUGAGGGGUAUCGCUACGAGAAAUUAAUUACAACGUGAGUACGAUCGACAUUUUUUAAAUUGAUAAUGUUUGCAUGGAGGUUUGCGAUUUUUUAAAUCGGAAAAAUAUUGUAAGAACCAUAAUUGUAAAAUUGUAGGACCCGUAAUUUUACGAUAGCGAAAGGGAAAAGAAUUUAUAACGACCGAUGGCAGUGUGACGAGUGUUCAUUACGAUGCUCGCGCAUUAGAAUUGCAUUCGUCACGCGUUCGAGAUCUAUUUAUCGCAUAUUAGAGAGUAGCGUAUUAGAAAGGCGUUCCAUGCAUGAAAAAAAAAAAUAAAGAAGUAACUGGCAGCUCGCACUCACGUCAAACUGGCGUUACGUUACUACCGAGUACUGCCUGAGAGACUUCUGAUGAUGAUGAGAGAUUUGUAGACAAAUGACUCUGGUUCCGUUAAAUAAUGCAUUUCAUAUAUAUGAGUGUGUGAGCACACUCCUUUUCAUAUCUAACGCAGUGAAAAGGACAUUAUAACGCUGUACAUAUAGAACUUGUAAGUACAAAACCUCGAAUUAUAAUGUAUUAAAUUACGGUGGAAUGCCGACGAAUCGACCUGGAAAUAUAUAUAUGUAUACACAUGACGUGUGACUAUUCUGUGACAAUUGUCUAUGUAUUGAUAGAAAAUAAACUUUCUACAU